UAGCCCAAGGACACUAGAGCAAGAUUAAGAGUCCCUGCCUAGCCCUAAUUGAGUCGUUAUAAUUGCAUGAUUUUCGCAUUGUCAUGGUAGAACUUAGCCUAAGAAGUUCCCAAUCAGUCGGGUUCGCGUUCUACGGGGCGUAACUGGCAACACUACAAUUCAUGUUGUUAUGGUGACCUUCAGAUUCAGUCGAUAAUUCGCAGCAACCACAGACAGAACAGAGUUGUGCCAGAACCACAGAAGUCGCCUUUCUCAUUCAUUUUUCUACAGACCGAAUUAACAAGUUCAAAUUAACACAAAGCAGAUUGCUCAGAAUCGGAUAGACUACUAAUCUGGCGUAUUAUUUAUCCCAAGCAAUUAAUUCCAACCGGAUCCAUCUCUGGUUAUCAUGGGCUCGGAACCUCACCCGCCUUCAACGACCGUUCAAGUGACCUUCUGUACUUCGGGUGUCACGGCUGAUUCCCUUGCUAAACAGGUCACUUUACCCGCCGUCAAUCCUGAGUCUCGGCCCGUGCUUCACAGAAUCCUGAAUGAGCCGCAUUGGCAAUUCUUACACGCUUGGAUUGGCGCUUGUCCCGAACCGCCCCCGGAAUCGCUCUUAAGACAAUGUCAACCCUUCUAUUGCGGUUUGUGCGCCGUCCGUAUCAACGCUCGAGAUCAAGCCCAACACCACUACAACGGCCAAACGCACGCCAAGCGCUCCCGCAGUUAUUGGUUGGCCCAAGUCAGCCCGUGUUCGGCAAAAGGCGGAAAAAGGUUAGGAUCUGAGCAGCACCACUGGUUGCCGACUAAGAAGGCCAAAGGUCGAGGGGAUCCACAAGCCAUGUUUUGCCAAAUUUGCAGCUGCGGGUUCACGUCUCCCAAGCAAGUCGACAUUCACAUGGCUGGUCGUAAUCAUCGUAGGAAAAUGGCCGGUUUGCCCGAGCUAAAACGCGGUUAUUUCAACUCGAAAACGGGUGGGUGGCAGCGAGAACCCAGGGUUUUACCUGAGUUGGAUCCCUCCAAUGCAACGGCACGAAAUCCCCACCAUUUGAUCACUUUGACCCCUGAUUCGCCCGGAUCCUCCGGCCCAUCCGUGCGCACCCCCGAUGUCAAUGGACCGUUCUUUUGCGGCCCAUGUCAAGUGAGUGCCACUUCUCAGAUGCAAUUAGAUCUGCAUUUGAAAGGCAAGAAUCACAAGAAGGUCGUUAAACGAUUGGAUUUGUCACCACCCACUGCUCCACUCCGGACAGUGAAGCCUCCCACGGCCAACGUUCCCUUGUCGGGAGUGGACUUCAGCUCAUUUCGUACCCCUUCUGGCCAAUACUAUUGCGCUCCUUGCAACGUUAGUUUGAAUUCAGCCUCUCAAUUUGGUCAACAUACCUCCAGCAAGAAGCAUAGACAGACAUUGUUGGCUAAUAAAGUGAAAGCAUCCCAAGUCAAACGGAAGCCACCCAUAAAGGCUAGUAGUGUCUUCAUUGUUAAGAGACCGCAAUUGGUUGCACACCAUGGGCGUUCCGAUUGAUUAAUGUCUGAUUAAUCUUGUAUUUUGCUUGAGUCUUUAAUGAGAUGAGAGCUCUAUUUAAUUGUCAAAUCCAAGAGCUUUGCGAUUGUAA